CCUAGAGCUUGGGUGCAAUGGAUAAGGAGGUGCUGCUGCGCGCGUUCAAGGCCGCCGUGCCCAAUGCCACCGGCACGGCGAUGAGCGAUGGAUGCAAGCUCUCAUCGGCGCCGCUGCCAGGGCUGAGGAAGCUGGACAUGGUGGACGCCUGCGUUGGAACCCGGUGCCUCAGCCGCGAGGUUUGCUAUCACGGUCGCGUAGUGUAUGCUAAGAUAUGCACCUCCGCAGCUCUCCCGGCCGCCAAUGCGGUGCUGUGCCUCGUGGAGCAGGAGGAGGACGGUGGAAACGACCGCGGCUGUGCGCUGCUGCACGUCUUCAAUGCCGUCGCCUCCACCUCGAGGCAGGAAGAUGGCGAGCUCUUGUUUCCGCCAAAUGCCAGAGUUGCCAUCAAAGAGCCGCUGUGCUUCUCGUCCGCGCUGCAAGUCUCCAGCCCCGCAUCCGUGGAGUUCCUGGGACUCGCGAGAGCCGCCAGCGCCAAGCCGCUCGGGAGGCUCCUCAAGGAAGCCAACGCGUUGCUCAGUCGAGGGAGCUACGUGCUGGCCGAGCUGUACUACACCGAGCUGCUGGACAUGAGAGCCAAGAGCGGAGCUCCAACUUACGGUGUCUUGGAGAAGCAAGUCUUCUCCAGGAGAGCCGAGGCGAGGCUCCGGCUGCGACGGUACGAGGAGGCCUUUGUGGACGCCGAGACCGCCACCAAGAUCCCGGGGGCGUCCGAUAGCCACCAUGCACGGAGCCUGUGGUGCAAAGGCAAGAGCCUGACCGCGCUCCAGGAGCACGAGCUCGCACUUCCGUGCUUCCGGUCGGCUGUGGCGCUGCCGGACGCUCCGCCUGACGUCUCGAUCGACUUGGAGAGAUCCAGGACUUACUUGCGGGAGAGCCGGGACGGUGAGUACGAUAUCACGGACUUCGUGCUGGGCCGGAAGGUGGAACCCGAGUGUAGUGACUACUUCGGACCUCUGGAGCUGAGGAUGACUCCGGACGGUCGAGGAAGAGGUGUGUAUCUCACUCGGGACGUAAGGCGGGGGGAGCUGCUCAUCGUUUGCAACCCGACUGCGUACGUGAAGACUCCGAGGAUCGAGAACGCGGACAGGGAUUUGUACGUGGAGCUGAUACGAUCUUGCAGCACUUCCAGCAGGCCACGGUACCACAUCUAUGCGAUGGCGGACGCGAGCAAGAUGACGACGGUACCGGACUUGGAUCGCUUCAAGUGCAACAUUGGAAGAGUUGUGGUACCGCCGGGAUCGAAAGUUGAGGAGGUGGAUAUCGAGCGAGUGAGACGAGUUGGCCACCGGUGCGGCUUCACCACCCAGGCCGGAGAUGCCUGGAUCGCCGGAGUCUGGGCCUCGAGCGGCUUUUUCAAUCACUCGUGCACUCCCAAUGCCUCCAAGGUGUGCUUCGGACGCGUGAUGUUCAUCCGGGCUGCCAGGAACAUGAGUGCCGGUGACGAGGUUCUGCUAUCUUAUCUCGAGGCGACUGGGAGCAUGGAACCACUGCUCUUGGCUCCGUUGCCGGCGCGGGAGGUGAAGUGCAAGCGCCUCGACUUUGAGUGCUCUUGCAAGCGGUGCGUCUUGGAGAGGACGAACAAGGAUCUUGUCGCCAGCUUUAAGUUCUAUGAUCGUCGUCGAGGUGACGCGCAGAAGACCCUCGACGAAGUUUUGGACUUGGAGAAGAGGAUGACUGCGAGGGGUUUCAGCGACGAGGAGAAGGAUUGCAUCCGUGCGGCACAGGUGGAGCGUUACUCUGCGGUCUGCGUGCUCAAGCAUCCGGAGCUUCCAAGCGCUGGCGACUACUUGAGAAUCCUGCACGAGACUGCUCCCGGGAACUUCGAGACGCUGUCGAAGAUGGGCGUUCUUUACCGGGCUGCCGGAUGUGGUGACGAGUCACUCCAGCUGCUGCAUGAGGAAGUUGCGGCACUCUUUGGAGAGCUGAGAAGAGAGAUUGUGGAUGGCGUGAUCAACCAGGUGAUUGCGCAGGCGACGUUGUUAGAUGAGAUGAGAUGAGUUUUUUUUCUCAUUGUUUCUCCCUCUUGCCUCCUUGCCUGAUGUAAAUCAUCAAUAUGACCUUUGUGGGCAUAUCCAAAUCUCCAUGCCAUCCUUGGGCAUAUGGUAGAUACCUGGUGUCUGAAUAUGCUUGGAGGAUGCCACACGGAACAAGAUUCCCAAUAAAGGCAUAUGGGAUGGCCAUUUCAUGGA